GCACUUUACCUUUUCUAUUACAAGAAAAUAUUUUUUAUUAUCUUAUUCCAAGAGAAAAUGGCAAAAGAAAACGUUUGACCUUGCAGUGUGGACAGUUUCCUUGUCCUAUUAUGAGAGGAUAAAAUUGGGGGAAAAGUAAUUUAUUUUUUGGAUUGUAUUUGUGAGGAUAGGAUAGUUCCCCUCCUGAAGACAAUGUGUACAUUUUCUAACACAUGCAUUUAAAUGUUUGAUUUCAACUAUUUUGCAUUUGUUUUCUUUUACUUUCACUUUUUAUUUUGCAUUUAACAUGCCUAUGAAACGGAAUACAGGAAGCCCGAUCCAGGAUGGACAAUUUCUUCAUGUUCAUUCACCAUCAACCAAUACAUUCUGCAGUGCAUCCGAGGAGCUCAUGCACACCACUUUAUCUAACGAAAAAUUACGCCAUGCUUUCCAUGGACAUUCAAUCUCAAAGUUUGACGAGGAAGGUGAUUUGGGAAUUAAAUCAGAAGCAGAUGACAGCAAUGAGACCCAAUCUUCUGAGGAGGACCAGGACCUCCUGGAGUAUUCCAAAGAUUUGGCUUUCAACCAGAUGACCCCGAGGAAAAGCAUCACUCAGAUCAUCAAGGACAAGAAGAAACAGACUCAUUUGACCCUUCAGUGGCUGGAUGAAAACUACAUUGUUUGUGAAGGGGUUUGUCUGCCGCGUUGCAUCCUGUACGCUCACUACCUAGACUUCUGUAGGAAGGAGAAACUGGAUCCAGCCUGUGCUGCUACAUUUGGCAAGACAAUCAGGCAGAAAUUUCCACUUCUUACAACAAGAAGACUUGGGACCCGAGGUCAUUCAAAAUAUCAUUAUUACGGGAUUGGCAUCAAAGAGAGCAGUGCCUAUUAUAACUUGGUGUACUCAGGAAAAGGCUUGACGAGAUUUUCAGGGAGCAAACUCAAGAAUGAGGGAGGGUUCACUCGGAAAUACUCCCUCAGUUCCAAAACAGGAACUUUGCUUCCAGAAUUCCCAAGUCCACAGCAUCUAGUGCUUCAAAGUUCCGUCUCUAAAGAGAAGGUGGACACACUCAUCGUGAUGUACAAAACACAUUGUCAGUGCAUCCUGGACAAUGCCAUCAAUGUCAACUUCGAAGAGAUACAGAAUUUCCUGAUGCAUUUCUGGCAAGGAAUGCCCGACCACCUCUUACCCCUGCUGGAGAACACCAUUAUCGUGGACAUCUUCUGUGUGUGUGACUCUAUACUAUAUAAGGUUCUGACAGAUGUCCUGAUCCCUGCUACGAUGCAGGAGAUGCCUGAAAGUCUCCUGGCAGACAUCCGUAACUUUGCCAAGCACUGGGAACACUGGAUGGUGUCUUCUCUGGAAAACCUCCCAGAAUGCCUCUCAGAGAAGAAGCUCCAGAUCGCACGCAGAUUUGUGUCCUCUCUAAAGCGUCAGACCUCCUUCUUACACCUUGCCCAGAUUGCAAGACCAGCUCUUUUUGACCAGAAUGUGGUGAACUCAAUGGUGGUGGAUAUAGAUAAAGUGGAUUUGAACAGCAUAGGGUCACAAGCCCUUCUCACCAUCUCAAGUAGUGACCAAGACUCUGACCUCUACUCUGAAUAUGACUCAAUAACAGUGUUCCAAGAGCUGAAAGACCUACUGAAGAACAAUGCCACUGUGGAAUCCUUUAUCGAGUGGCUGGACACUCUUGUGGAGCAGAAAGUCAUAAAGCCUGGGAAGCAGAACGGACGGUCUAUAAAGAAGAGAGCUCAGGACUUCCUCCUCAAGUGGAGUUUCUUUGGAGCACGCGUUAUGCACAACCUCACGUUGAACAACGCCACCAGUUUUGGUUCGUUCCAUCUCAUCCGCAUGCUGCUGGAUGAGUAUAUCCUACUGGCUAUUGAGACACAAUUCAACAACAACAAAGAACAAGAGCUACAGAAUCUCCUAGAUAAGUACAUGGGAAAUGCAGAUGCCAGCAAGGCGGCAUUCACUGCCUCCCCCAGCUCCUGUUUCCUGGCCAACCGUAACAAGCCCAGUGCGGUGUCCAGUGAUCUGUCUGUGAAGAACGAGUCCCUCUCAGAACACGCAUACAUGACCCUGUCAGCCAAUCAUCAGCAGGCGCUGGGAGCAAACAUGGCCAUCUACCAGGGCUCUGAAACCGAUGGAUUCUCCCUAUCAGGACAAAUGGACUUUUCCCAGAACAGUGGCCCUCUGAUGACCCCUCCCAUCUCCCCAGCCAUGGUGAACAGGGGCAGUGUCAUCAACCAGGGCACCAUGGCCAUCAGACCCCAGAGCGCCUGCACCACCAUCCAGCCCCACAUCUCCUGCCAAGCCUUCCCAGACCCCAUGUUCCAGAGCCUCCCUCCCAGCAGCCCCAGCUACUACCCCACCACCUCCAACUACCAGGCUGUGUUCAGGCCCCAGACACACGCCCAGGCCCCUGCCUACCACACCCACUCCGACAGCAGCCACUACCCGUCCUUCAGUGAGCAGCACCUGGCCAAAGACUACUUCAACAGCAGCUGUGCAGUGUCCCCCUACAGCUCCAGACCCACCUCCAAUUACAGCACAGUCCCUGAUUCUGGGAUGGAGACUCAGGGGGUUGAGCUACUGGACUCUGUAGGAUACAACUUUGAUGGGAGUGGGUUAAACAGUAGUGGCUGUCAGGAGUCUGCCUACUCAGCAGCAGGACACAAUGGGUACUAUGGAAACAGUAGCUACCUGGAUAGCCAGAGGCUGGGUUCCAUGAUAGACCAGCAUGUGUCAGUUAUCAGCAGUGUGAGCAGUAUCCGCUCAGUCCCAGCGUAUGGUGAAGUACACGACCCCCUCAACAUCCUGGAUGACACGGGCAGGAAGACGGCUGGGCCUUACUACACUGAGUCUGACUCACUGGGCUCCCACACAUCUGGAGCUCCUCCCCUCCCCUCCUCGGUCUCUGCACCCUGCAUGUACGGAGGUCCUGCCCAGUUCCACUCCCAGGAUGCACUGCUUCCUCACCGGGCACCAUCUGAGGUACGGGACAUGAUGUCAUCGCUGCCCCCCAUCAACACUGUGUUCAUGGGGUCUAGUGGAGGAGGAACGUGAGCCGUGACUGUCCCUCCCACCACCAACACUCCUCAAGCUCCUCCCACACCACUCAGUUACUGUAAACAGUGACGCGGAUCACAGACAGAAAUAUGCCUAGUGUAUCUCUCUUGUGUAGCCUUAGCGUUGGGGAAACUACUCUGAAAAUGUAGUUUACCAAGUUACCAAUUACUUCAUACCGGAAGAAGUUAAGAUACACUAAAGCUACCCUUAAGAAAAAAAAACUACUUUGUGAUCGAUAGUUAAAUCUAAAUCUGAAAUAUCAUAGACUAUAAAUUGCUAGACAUAUCACUCUGUAGUCAGAUGUUAACAGAAUGUUUAUUUUAGCCUAUUAAAAACAAAAACUAUGUUUCCAGUGAGAAUUAGGAAGGUCUGAUGGCAAAAAGAAAGGAAUUUGUUGCCUACUUCACCCAUGUGAACUACAAAAAACACCACGAUUAGAAUUUAGUUCAACUACCACCAAGCUACUGCAAAAUGUAAUUACAUUACUAGUUGAACUACAUAUAGUUCACUACUCCCCAACACUGUGUAGCCAAUAUAUAUUUUGUAAAUUGAUGAAGGCCUCAGCUGUUCAAUGUUCAGUGAAAUAUUUUAUUGAACUGAAUGAAUUAAUAAUUUGCAAUUCAACCAUUUUAAUAUAAUUCAAUCUGUUCAUCUUAAUGUGGCCAGAGGAGACUUUGUAAGUUAACAUGUAAAUAAAUACCCGUAGAAUAAAGCGAGUAAUGUCAAAUUUGAAAUUGUUGGAGGCAGAAUCAGUCAAACCUGCAAGACAGGUUUGAUUGAUUAUGACAAGUAAAAAAAAUAGCAUGUUAUUUAUUUGAGUUGCCUUUAUAGGCUAUUACGGUGUAAUAUUAAUGUCGGAAAUGUAAACUUGUACUUAUCUGUAUAUGGCCGAAUGAGAGGUACAAACUUAGAAAUGACUGUUGUUUUCAAUUCAAAUGUAUUCAAUUACAUGAACUUAUUGCUUAACUAACACAUCAACAUGUCGAGAGAGAGGCAGAAAGAGACCGUUUGUUAGGUAGCUUUCAUGUGCUCCUUCAGGCAGUUUGGCUGGUCGUCAAUACCUCCAACAGAACAGUCUCUCUUAUCUCACAAUUCAAAGCCCCCAGUGUCAAAACUCUGAAUACACAGUCCUUUAAUUGGUAAACUGGGCCCACACCAGGCGAGGAAAGAAAGAUUACAGUCCGGAAACACAAUUGUAGAAGCAGCGGAUCAAAGUUGAGCUUUAUCUGUGAUUAUGUGAUUAUACCAUUGUACAAUGGAGGGAGAUAUGGUUGGAUAAAGGUGUUGACCAGAAACUAGAACCAAUAGACAUGUAUGACCCACAGCAGGAUCAAGCUGUUUAUACAUAGUGACCCUUUAGAGAAACAGAGAUUGUUUUAUUCUCCCGCAGGUUGUCCAAAUUCAGCUUUGUUAGUCUUUGAGCAGAUGGAAGCUAAUAAAACCAUAAUCAGUAACAUUAGAUUGAUCAGGGCAUUUGUGUGGCGAAAUGAUAUCAUUUCAAAGCGAUACACUUUAUUUAAAUGUAUGGAGUUGAUACGUACACUCGCCGGCUAUGGAUUAAUAUAGACUAUUCAGCAUUUGUUUCAACAACGUGAAUAAACAAAGCAAAAUGAAUGAUAACAUUACCCACCUAUCAGCCUUAUCCUUUAGCUACUCAGGGGGAAAAUCCAUUUCAGCCCAUGGACAGGAACAGAUGGCUUGAAAUGUAAUGAUUACAAAAUCCCAACAUUAACACAGUUUAAUUACAAAGUCAAUAAUGCCUCCAACAGUUGCGGGGCCUUUAGUGUAAAAACAACAGAAGGUUGAACGCAAACUUUGGGACAAUGUUUAACCAGAACUUUGCAUUAGGCGGAGAGUCUCCAUAUGUAGCCCAGGUGAGCCAAAGACUGAGAGAUCCAGUGAUGUGUAAGGCACACCAGGCAUCACUCUGUCUGAUGGAUUUACUGUUGUACGUCAGAGGGUCACGUCAUCACACUCCUCUAACAUGACAUCAUAGUGCUGCUUGCAGGCCCCAUCGUCCCCCAAGUCACCUCAGAUAUAAUUUUGUAUGCAAUGUGUUUUUGUGACUUUAUACCUCUACAGGUUAUUCAUACUGUCGAAUCAAAUUUCUGUUUUGCUGACUUCAUCCAGACAGUUGGUGUUCUAUCAUGCUACAACAAAAGCAAGCUUAUUUCUACAGGAUAUUCAUUUAAAAGGGGUCUGACUAGGAUGUAUUCUAAACAUAAUCUCCGUCCUCGUACUGUUCACCUCUAUAUUCUGCCUUCAAUGCAGGAGAGUGAUUAUUAUGUACUUGUAUUAGCUUUUUACUCAUACCUUCCCAGACACACAAGCUCAGCAAAGUGAUUGUUGGAGAUAAGGAUAUCAGUAGUAAAGGAUAAACAACGGCCAAACAGGAAGCUGCCUUUUUAUCACAAUAUCAACUGUACAGGUAGCAUUAAUAUGUUUUAGCCACUUGAGAUGUCAGUGUUGGGAAGAACAGUGAGCGGACACCUUUAGCAACAUUGUAAUGUAGGAGGUUAGAUUGGAAAGCGCUAUGGGCCUCUGACUGGCAUCUUGUCUUUGUGUUGUGCCUUAAUGAGUGUGUGUCUGUAGUGAGUGUGUGUCUGUAGUGAGUGCAAAGCACACAACCACCGGCUGGAGCCUCUGUUAAAACAAUAUUCAGAGGUGUCCUGUACUGCCAAUGAUUAAGCUUUUGUUGAAUGGGAUCAUUCACAAAUAACUAUUUGCAGCUAAACACAAAACAUUAUUAUUAUUAUUAUAAUUUUUUAUCUGCUACUCCUUUUUUGCUAUUAGUAAAAACCAAAUAAUCUUUCAUUCAACAGGAUCUCUGCCACUGUCUUAUUCCCCUGUCUGUGAAAAUGAUGAUGUGGUGUUUGUCUUGAAUGAUGAAUCUCCUUGAGUAGUUAUGUGUAGGUUCAGAAGUGUCCAUAUGAUGGCAGUAAAGUGUAAAAAAUACCCCUAUCACAUCCAUUUCUGUUUUCAUUGUCCCCACUAAAUCUGUUAUUACUGAACUCUGUGCUGUAUCUGGAUAAACAGAGGUUAAAUAGGCAUGCCAACCAACAGCUUUGUUAACGUUACUAAAUAACAGGUGGAAAAAUAUCUGCUGUACUUUAUGGAUUUCAUGUAAACAAACAAGUUAGCGGUUGAAAAUGAUCACAUUUCAGAUACUGAUUUCCAAAUAUCUUAUCAAUAUUUUUACUAUCACUAUAACCAAAUAAAUCAAAUAGAUCACACUUACUAUAAAUCCAAAACAGUUAUGUUGUUCUAUCUUGAUGUGAU